UACUAGGGCCUGAGCAUUUGGGGUCCCAAUCGAAUAUCGGUUAUGUCCAAUCGGAUCUUGGUUAUUCGGAUUUAUCAAAAUCAACCCCACUCGGAUUAUAUAAAAGUUCAGUUCGGGACCCGUUCGGAUUCUAUCGGGUUCGAAUCGGGGUUAGUAAAUCUGCAAAGAACCGGUACAACCCGUUGUACCUUCGGGUUUGGGUCCCAAUCGAUUCUUCAGUUUAAAAGUACCUGAUUUGUAUCUACUUUGUAACUAACAUAAGUAAAAUUGAUUCUUCGUUUUUAAAAUACCUUAUAUGUAUCUAUUUUGUAACCAAAAGAUAAAUAAAAUCGAUUCAAAAAUAAGACACAAACAUCAAACAUGAUCAUUCAAAAUCAAGCGAAGGUAAAUGAAAACAUAAAACGAAAACCAAGUUCUUAUGAAAUAAAAAACAUUAUUCAAAAAGCAAAACCAAAAUCUAAAAACUUCAAACGCCACCUUCAACCAUCAACCUCCAUGUUAUAGAUAAUUAUUUUAGAUGUUCAAUAAUAUCUUAGUGUAUUUUAGAUACAUAUUAGCAAUUGAGAUGAUGUUUGGUACAAGUCAUUUUUUGGGAUUUUGAAUGUUUCUGGUUCUGUCUUGUAUUCGUUUAGGUUUUGGUUCGGUUCGGAUAAUACCCAUAACCCAAAAUACUAUAAAACAAAAUCUAUUUGGUAUUUAUGUGGGGUUUGGAACAGUUCGGAUUUAUUUUUAUCGGAACAGAUUCGGUUCGGAUUUUCGACUUUAUUUGUCCAGCCCUAAGAAAUACACUAAUAUGUGUUGACAAAAAAAAAAGAAAAUACACUAAUACAUGUACUAAACAAUAUCGUGGUCAAAAGAACGUAUACUAUAGAUUAUCAACAACGGAAAGACCGUACAUUAUCAUUGCUUUUUCCCUAAAAUAAAUAGUACAAAAUCCGGUUUAUGGAUAAAUACAUGUGAUCAAAGAGCUUUUUUGGGAAAUAAAUAAAAAAACAGGAAGAGAAAAAAAAAGUUGCUGUCCAGUUACUUUAGGUGGGAUGUGUAUGGCUUCUUGUUUGCUCAAUUACAAAUCAAAGCUCUCUUAAAACCCCCAAAAAGAUUCUCUCCAACAAACAGCCUGUAAAUAAAAAAAGAAAAGCACAGAUCCACUCCCAAAGAUCGGAUCUUUCUGAAGGUUCUUGUUUCACUCAUCUGGAAAGUUCCAAGCUUUAACAAGAAAUGUCACAGAAACAUCUUGAAUCAUCACGAAACUCGAUCGAAUCUUGCACCCUACAGCUCCUGUCAUGGCGCCCAUUUCACCGCUCCAAAACCGUAGACCCAUCUGAACAGCCCCCGACACAGAGCCCUUACGGCGGCUCCAUCUCCACCAAACGCCCUUGCUUCUCCGAUCGCUCCACCACUUCUUUCUCCAUCGAAGCUAUGAGCCGUCUCUCUCUCGCCGACGAAGACAAGCUCUCAGCUUCCAACUGCAACAGCAAGGGGAGUCUCCGCUUAGUAGCGAGGAAGCGGCGGCGGCGCAAUUCGAGAUCGGUGUCUGGUCGGAGUAGCGAUCGGAGCGGGACUCUGAGAUGCUGCUCCAUCGGAGCUCACGGGACUUGCUCUGAUUUUCCGUUCGCCGUCGGGACGGAUUCGAGCGGGGAGCUGUUCAGCGAAGCGAAUUGGGCUUCCGAUGUGAGCGAGGCGCGGAGAUCGCGGCAAGAGCGGCGGGAUUCCGGCGGAGAGAGGGAAGCUUCCGGGUUUGGGUUCCCCGUUGGUGUCGACCCGAUGGGGAACGAAUCUGGGUACGGGAGUGAGCCUGGGUACAGAGGAGAUGUUGAGUUUGGUUAUGGUGAUGAGUGCGAUGAUGAAGAAGAGGACGUGAAGCCAUUGUUUUGGGCAGAUUCAACUGUGGAGAUGUCUGGUGAUGCGAAAUUCUCAGAUAGUAAACCUCAGUUCAGGUGCCGCAGGAGAAGACAACAUGACUACAAAACUGUUGAUUCCAUGAGAUAACACACACAUUAUUAGCACACACAUAAGACAGGUUGGACUUCGGUUCACGGCCAAAGCUUUUUCGGCCCAAUUCUUAAAUGCGAUCCGCCCUCAUGAUGGUUCGCGGACAUUCUUUCAAGACAAGCGGGUCCUUAUUGGAAGAACUUUCCAUGUAUUUUUACUUUUAACAAGACCUGGAAAUUGAAGAGCUUCUUCUCUAGCCAUUUUUUUUAUAUGUGUAUAAUGGAUCUGUAUUUGUUUUAGGUAGCUUACUAAAAAAACUUUCAUAGUUAAUAUUUUGACUGAUCUAAUCACCAAAUUAUAUCGUUGGUUUCAUC